UUCUGUACAAAACUAUGUAACCAAUCCCUGUCCAUCCAGAAAAAUCGCUUGCAUCUCCCCCGUAUCCCUUAUCUAGAUCUACUUAUACUAGUACCCAUCUCGCCCAACCACCAUUACUGCACAUAAUCCAAGCAGAUGACAUGUCUGCCAAUCGUCAAUGGAGCUUUCUUCUCUUCUUCCAGCUGGUCACCAUCAUCAUCCCAAGCCUCUCGCACUUGGGCUUUGCCACUCCACCUGCAACUGCCAUCUCUUCAUGGCCUCAAGCCCGUGUGGCCUGCAACCCGCCACACAACACCUACCCAUUCUGCAACACCUCCCUUUCAGUCACCGCCAGAGCUCAAUCUCUCAUCUCCCUCCUCACCCUCCCGGAGAAGGUUCCACUGCUCGUUGACAACGCCACCGCCGUGCCGAGGCUCGGCAUACCCGCCUAUGACUGGUGGUGCGAGGCCCUGCAUGGGGUCGGCGACCUUGGCCCCGGUGUCACCUUCAAUGGAUUAAUCUCAUCCGCCACAAGCUUCCCUCAAGUCAUCGUCACCGGAUCUUCCUUUAACCGAACUCUGUGGUACAAGAUUGCCUCGGCCACUGCCGUCGAGGCCCGGGCGCUUUUCAACGUCGGGCAAGCCGGGUUGACGUUUUGGGCCCCUAAUAUUAAUAUUUUCAGGGACCCGAGAUGGGGAAGGGGCCAAGAGACCACCGGAGAAGAUCCGCUGGUCGCGGCGGCGUAUGCCGUGGAGUUCGUGAAGGGGUUUCAGGGGGAGGAUCGGAGAGUGGGCAGCGGAAAUGGAAAUGGGUUUGGUGGGGAGAGGAGAGAGCUAGAGGAGGAAGAAGAGGGUGGGUUGAUGGCGUCUGCUUGUUGCAAGCAUUACACUGCCUACGAUAUGGACGAAUGGGGGAGCUAUGAGAGAUACAACUUCGAUGCUGUGGUCUCACAACAAGAUCUAGAGGACACAUAUCAACCACCAUUUAAGAGUUGCGUUCAAGAUGGUAAAGCAAGUUGUUUAAUGUGUUCAUACAAUUCGCUGAAUGGGAUACCAACAUGUGCAAGAAAGGAUAUCUUGGAGAUUACUCGAAAAGAAUGGGGUUUCAAAGGAUAUAUCACAUCUGACUGCGGUGCUGUCUUCGCUAUACACGAACGUUAUAAUUAUACCAAGACUGCUGAAGAAGCAAUAGCUGCUGCUCUGGACGCAGGAAUGGAUAUUGAGUGUGGACCAUAUAUAUCCGUGUUUGGCAAAUCUGCAGUAGCAAAAGGGAAGUUGAAGGAAGCAGCCAUCGACAGAGCUCUUCUUAAUCUGUUUUCGGUUCAAAUUCGUCUUGGACUUUUUGACGGAGAUCCCGCAACCGCAAAUAGAAAAUAUGGAAGCUUGGGACCUGGAGAUGUUUGCACUGCACAGCACAAUGAACUGGCACUUGAAGCAGCAAGGCAGGGCACUGUGCUUCUAAAGAAUGACAAUAGAUUUCUUCCUUUGAUUAAACAUCAAAUCUCUUCCCUGGCUAUUAUUGGUCCAAUGGCAAACAACAAGUCCUCAUUGGGUGGUGAUUACGCAGGAGUUCCUUGCAGGCCAAAGAGCAUUUUGGAUGGAUUUGAAUCAUAUGCGAAGAAAAUAACAUAUGCAGCUGGCUGUACGGAUGGUGUACCGUGCAAAACGAGGGAAGGAUUUAAUGAGGCCCUUUCCAUUGCCAAGGAAGCUGAAGUUGUGAUUGUUGUAGCGGGGCUAGAUACUUCUCAAGAAACUGAACUGCUCGAUCGUUAUAGUCUGCUCUUGCCUGGCUACCAAAUGGAUCUCGUCACUGAGGUCGCUUCAGUAGUUAAAAGACCGCUCAUUUUAAUUCUUACCGGAGGUGGGCCAGUCGACGUGUCAUUUGCUAAGUCAGACUCACGAAUUGCAAGUAUUUUAUGGAUCGGUUAUCCCGGAGAAACCGGUGGAAAAGCAGUUGCAGAAAUUAUUUUUGGAGAUUAUAAUCCAGGUGGAAGAUUACUUAUGACAUGGUACCCAGAAUCGUUUACGUCUAUAUCGAUGGCUGACAUGAAUAUGCGACCCGAUCCUUCUCGUGGUUAUCCUGGAAGAACACAUCGAUUUUACAAUGGAGAUAAAAUUUAUGAAUUUGGACAUGGCUUAAGUUACACAAAUUUCACAUACACACUCCUUUCAGCACCAAACAAAUUAAGCGUAUUGGGACCUAUUAGAGCUACAUCUAGAAAGGCAAAUUUACACGCAAGAGAAAAUGAACUUAACUAUGUUCACGUUGACGACCUAGGAUAUUAUUACUGUGAUUCCUUGAUAUUCAACACACGGGUCUCUGUCAUGAAUAACGGCAACAGGGAUGGGAGCCAUGUUGUGCUCUUGUUUUCAAAAGGGCCAAAACCAGUUGCAGGUGCUCCACAGAAACAACUAAUUGGUUUUGAUCGUGUUCAUACUGUAUCCCACGAAUCUACUGAAACGGGCAUCGUGGUGAAUCCUUGUCAACAUCUUAGCUAUGCAGAUGUGCAUGGAAGGAGGAUAUUGCCCCUGGGCAAUCAUACCCUAAUGCUGUCGGAUCACAUAGAGCAUGUUAUUUCAAUUGAGAUUUAAUUAAGGUGUUUGCUUGAUUUUGAUUUUGGGGCAUCGGGUGGCUAGGUCAUUAAUAAUAAUGGGUUUUCAAGGCUUGCAUCAUGGGUGUUUAAUUGAUUUAGUUGCAUUUCAUAUGUAUGUAUAUGCUGGGUUUUUUAUCUUGCUAAGCAUAUAUAUAUAUAUAUUGUGUUGUUCAGACUGUAUUCUCUUAUUUCAAUGAAUGUAUUAAUUGUUGUUCAACAUGUAA